AUGCACGACAUCGCUUUCGAUCUACACAAUCCGGGAUGGACACCGGAGGCUAUUGAUCGUUUGGCCGACGCCCUUGUGGAGUAUUCUGACGUGUUCUCUACUUCGAAAACCGACUUUGGGUCCUGCAUCAUCAUGCCGUUCACGCUUUCUGUCCCAGCAGGGACGAACCCCGUUGCAUCACGCCCGUAUCGUAUCAACCCGUUGAUGCAAAAUAAAGUGGAUGCCGUUUUGGACCAGUAUUUGGCGGCAGGGCUCAUUCAACAUUCCACAUCUCCGUGGGCUUCUCCUUUAGUUGUCAUCCCCAAGAAGGACGGAUCUGUUCGCAUCACCGUCAACUACAAACGUCUCAACGCUCUGGUGGAUUUGGAUGGACAACCUCUCCCUCGAGUGGACGGUAUCUUGGAUUCUCUGUACACCGGGAAAGUGUUCUCCAUCUUCGACCUCAACUCGGCUUUCCACCAGAUCGUUUGUGAUGAAGACACUGUCCCGCUCACCGCCUUUUGCACUCCCACGCAGUUGUUCGAAUGGCUUCGGAUGCUGCAGGGCGCCAACGCAAGUCCGUCUUGGUUCGUCAAGGUCAUCAACAGAGUGGUGCACGGUCUGGAGCGUGUGCUUGCUUAUCUGGACGAUGUCAUCUGUUUCGAUGAGGAACCUCUGGGACACGUGCUGAACUUGAUCGAGUUCUUCAAACGACUGCGACAGUACAACCUCAAACUGUCUCCAGGGAAGGCUCGCGUCGGCGCCACGCACGCCAACUUUCUCGGUCACACCAUCUCUCCGGCAGGUGUUAGCCCUGAUGGCGUCAAGGUUAGGGCGCUCACGCACAUGCCGCCGCCGACGAAUGUUAAGCAGCUUCGGAGCCUUCUCGGUGGACUCAGCUACUACCGGAAAUUCCUCAAGAAUCUCGCCACCAAGGUGCGGCCUCUCAACUCUCUUCUCAAACAAGGCGUCCCCUUCAAGUACACCCCGGGCAUGGUCAAGGUUGUCAAAACGUUGUUAAGCGAACUCGCUCGCCCCCCGAUUUUGGUCUUCCCGGAUUGGGCAGCAAUCGAGGACAACAGCCGUCCUCUUCGUUUGUGUUCCGACGCGUGUAUCGACGGUUUUGGCGCCUCCUUGGAACAAGAACAGCUCGAUGGCUCGGUGAGACCCAUCGUGUACAUCAGCCGCGCUACUCUUCCUGCGGAGCGUAACUGGACCGUUUUGGAUCUGGAGGCUGGUGGCAUUGUUUGGGCCAUCAAACGCCUUCGCGGUUAUCUGUGGUCGACCAAGUUCAUCAUCUAUUCGGACCACAAAGCAUUGGAGAGCAUUGGCAAGGUUGGGGAACACAACGCUAGAGUGCAACGAUGGCUGGAAUUCCUGUCCAACUUCACCUACACCCUGAAAUAUCGGAAAGGUUCGGCAAACGGCAACGCGGAUUUUCUUUCGCGGUUGCCUUUACCAGCACAAGACACGGACAAAACCGGCCCCGACUGCAUUGAUGGUGUCGAUCAAGCGGGUGUUUUCCUCAUUUGGGCUUGCGGGCGCAACUAUCACUCGUCGUCUACACCGGAGGUCCCGCUCGACAAACAAGACCACCCGGACCGCCGCGCGUCUGCUGCCGCCAUCCGCAACGCCGGCAUCAGCGUUUUCGUCGACUGCUCUUGCGCCACCGGUGUCUUCGCCGUCAGCGGCGACCCCUGCAUCCCCGACUUCGCCUUCUCUACAGAUGAUGUGCUUGUGUUGGCGGCAAAAACCAGCAUGCACACGACCGAUGACAACAUCACCCUCCUCGUACAUAAAUCGGCGACGUCGCCGGUUGGGCGCUCUGGCGGCAGGACCACUCGUCUGCCGGAUACUGGCGUGCCCCGUGUCUACGUGCCAAUGCUAAUGCGUCCGUGGGUCCUUCAUGCAUGCCAUACGGCCGCGUCAUUCCAUCUCGGCGUCCAUCGUACACAGCGUCUGCUCGAGCGCUUCUACUGGUGGAUUGGUUUGGAUCGUUCCGUGCGCUGGUGGCUUCGGGCGUGUUUGGUGUGUCAAGCUCGCAAGACUUCACGUCAGACUGCUCGGUGGCCCGUCAUCGCUAUGCCAUUGCCGCAGGGGCCUGGUACGGUCGUCGGCGUCGACUUCUUCGGACCUCUGCCAGUGACUGCCAAGGGCAACUCCUACAUUUUGUUGUUCACAGACCGUUUCAGUCGGAGAGCUGACAUGUUUGCAGUUACAGCGGCGGAAUUAACGGCGAGAGGGACAGCUCACAUCUUCGUCAACCAAUACAUGACCAAGUGGGGAUGUCCGACUACGUUAUUGUCGGACAACGGACUGCAUUUCUGCUCGAAGCUCUCCAUGGCGAUCUACGAGGUGAUGAAGAUCAAGAAGGUCACCACCAGCUCCUACCACCCACAGACCAACGGCGGCACUGAACGCGUCAACCACACGAUGGCCCAGAUGCUUGCGGUGGUCGUCAACGAACAGCAAAACGAUUGGGACAUACAUCUCCCGCACGUUGAGUUUGCCUACAACAAUUCCGUGAACCAGUCUACUGGAUUAGCGCCAAACGAGAUCCACAUCGGACGCAUCCCGCGACUCCCGCUUUCGGUCUUCGAUCGUCCCACGGUAGGUGGUCAUCAAAGCUUGGCCCGCGAUCAACUCGAGUAUUGCAACCUGGCUGUCGAUCGCCAGCGCCGGGCCUACGAACUUGUCCGUGAGUACAACGCGCUGAAGAUUUCGCGAGUCGAACGCCGAAAUUCAUCCCUGCUGGACGCCAUUCACAUGCUCCCACAGUUUACCGUUGGCGGGUGGGCUUGGGUGAACAACACGGCUGCUACAAUUCGACAGGGUGUACAGAAGGACACUGACCAACAGGUGAUCAAGGACAAAUUCGCACUUUCCUGGACAGGGCCCUACAAAGUUCUUGCGGUGGGUC